AUGUCAGCUGUGGCAAUUGGUUUUUUACAAAAAUAUGCUCCUGUAGUAGCUGAUCAAUUCAUAACCAUGAACGCCACUCAAACUCAGAAUGCACUUUACGGGGAUGUCAACUUGGAAGCUCUGAAUUGGCUGGAGAGAACUUGGGCAAGUUAUUAUAUAUGGAUGGGUAAUCCUGUACUUGCCACUGGACUCAUGAGUUUCAUGCUUCAUGAGAUCGUUUACUUCGGUAGAGCUAUACCUUGGUUGAUCAUCGGUGCUAUACCAUUCUUCAAUCAAUGGAAAAUUCAACCUGACAAGGUGGUCACCAAAGCUCAAAUUUGGAAAUGCACAAAAGUCGUCUUAUUAACACAUUUCACAUGUGAAUUACCAUUAAUAUACGCUUUUCAUCCUAUCUGUUGUUAUUUCGGAAUGGCAACAUAUGAAGUCCCUUUUUCACCUAUUGGAAUCAUGGCUGCUCAAAUCGCAUUUUUCUUCGUAUUUGAAGACAUGUUCCAUUAUUGGGCACACAGAGCUCUUCAUUACGGACCUCUUUACAAGAACAUUCAUAAAUUACAUCAUGAAUUUUCUGCUCCUAUCGGACUUGCCGCUGAAUACGCCCAUCCUCUCGAAGUACUCAUCCUCGCUCAAGGUACAAUCUCCGGACCGUUCCUUUACUGUCUAUUCAGAAAGGAUCUUCAUAUUUUGACUGUAUACAUCUGGAUCACACUUAGACUCUGGCAAGCUGUGGAUGCUCAUUCAGGAUAUGAUUUCCCUUGGUCAUUAAGACAUUUCAUCCCUUUCUGGGCUGGAGCAGAUCAUCACGAUUAUCACCAUAUGGCUUUUAACAAUUGCUUCUCUACUUCGUUCAGAUGGUGGGACUUCUCUCUCGGUACAGAUUCAAAGUAUCACGCAUACAAAGAAAGAAUGGCAAAAGUCAAAGCUAGUCAAAGGGCUAAAUGGGAAAAAGAUGAACAUGAAAAAAUCACAAAAGAAGGUUUGGAAGCUGAACGAUUGGUAUUACAAGGUAAAAUAAGUAAACCAAAGACUUUAUAA